AUGGGAUGGACCCUGCUUAUGCGUCCAUCUGAGCCAGUGGUCGAAGUACCGCCACCUGAGCCAGCGGUUCAAGUGCAGCGUCCAUCUGAGCCUGUGGUUGAACUACCGCCUCCAACGGAGCCAGCGGCCGAAGUACAGCGACCAUCUGAGCCAGUCACCGAAGCACUUCCUCCACCUGAGCCGGCAGUAGAGGUGGCGCCGGCUGUCAUGCCAACGUCUGACAAGCACGAAUACUCUCUAGAAUCAUCACCUGCACAUUCCACAGCAAUUGAACCCUCACAAUCAUUACCAGAACAGUCGGCGCCAUCUCCUGACAAUGGAUAUGCUAUUGCACCAUCUACAUCAUCUGCUGCCCAACCUGCACCGCCUCCAUCCGAACAUUACACAGAGGAGCAGUUGCCUGCAGUUGCACCAGCACCCACAUCUGCCGCACCUCUUGUGGCAGUUCCGUCUGCUCCUUCACCGGACCUUGGGCACGCUUCGGAGCAUCCACCAGAGCCAGCAGCAUCGGAAAUUGGCACCGCAUAUGGGACUGACGGGGAAGCAACCUCAAACGAAGAAAUAACACCUUCUCCUUCGAACAACGUCUACUCUGGAGGCAACGGCGCACCACCUGUAUCACUUCCAGAGCCACUUCCUCAGCAGGUUGUGGAAGCGCCUGAAACAAAAGUAGAAGCACCAGUAGAGGUGCAGCCUUCGGCUGGUGCAUAUGUAGGAGGGGCUGAAGCGGUUGCUGCGCCACAACCACCUGUUCCACAGACAGUUGCACUUCCUCCACCACCAGCGCCUUCCCAACCAAUUACACCAGAAGAAGGGCCUGUAGCCAAAGGCGAAAAUAUUGGCGGUAACGAAGCUCCUGCUCCUAGCAACUCUUACUCAGAAAUCCACGAGGCAGCUCCUCCUCCUUCUUCCUCGCUACUCCCGAUGGAACCGAAUCCUACAGUGCCGCCAGCAACAAUAGUUGUAGUAACUACAACACAACAAGCUUUUGUACAGCAGCCAGACAGCGGUUCAGCAGAGAGCAGCUACACCAACCUAAACGAGGGCCAUUCAGAACCACACGCCUCCCUCAUUCCAGUUCCGGCGCCCGCGUCGACGUAUACGGACGUCAAACCAUCAUCUCAAACUGAAAAUGCUGCCAGCUCUUCUGCACAGUCACCGAGUUACGAAAAUAACGGAGAACCGUUGCCAGUCGAGUCGUAUGGCCAAAAUGGUUACGUAGCGCCCACGACAACACCUGAGCCAGAACUCCGACCGGAGGCUAUCAUUCACCCGGCCACUACUACAUUGCCUACACCUGGAACAUCUGCUUCUGAGGGUGUACAAUACAUAAAUGCUUCGCCCGCACACGGCUCUGAACAGUCUUACUCUGGGACUUCUCAGCAGGUCUCCUAUGUUCCUGAAACAUCUCCGCAGCUUCCUGAAGAAUCAGAACCAGAAGAACAGGCGACGAGUAAUGCGGUAGAGUCGUCUUACAACAACCUUGAAGAAGACCACGGACAACCUCAAGGACCAGUGACUGUCAUCGACACCGAGAAGACAGGAAACACUGCGCCACAAGUGAAUCAACAAGUCUCUCGACCUGCAUAUGGUACUCGUCCCAAAAUCCAGGUCAACCCGUCCUCCUACAAGACGCUGCGACCGUACGCACCACGGCCGUACAUACCACGACCCGCACUCACUCAAAGUGUGGAAAAAUAUAAAGAGUCAUUCGUUCCGCAACCGCUACCGCCACCGCCUGGACCAGCACCAGCUUUUCCACUUCAACCAUCGGCGCCAGUAUUUCCACCAUCUCCAUCGGUGCCACAAUUCCCACCGGUACACCAAUUCCAAGCUUACUCAUUGCCGCAACCGCAGCUUCUCCACCAUGUACCUCAGCCGUCGUAUGCAGUGCCACAAAACCAGGGAUGCUGUGGUGGACAACUGGUCAGCUCACGAGGCGACUUGUGCAUGCCAAUGAACUUCAGUCCGUGUGGGGGAGGUCAAAGCUUCCAAGGGACAGCUGGAGGAUGUGGUAAUCUUUCCUAA